CAGCACGGGACGCCGUUGCCACGGCAGUGGUCAGGGCGCCAGGCAGUGGGUUUCGGGGGCUCCCAGGAGCCUCAGGUUCGUCUGGGGCAGAUCCAUAAGCCGGCCAGACGCAGAAGCUUAGGCCGCUUCGCCGGAGGCAGGAGCUGUGAGGAUGGCACACCUGCUGGGCAGCCAGGCCUGCAUGGACAGCCUGCGCAAGGACCUCACCGACCUGCAGGGCACCAUCGUAGACGUGUUCUCCCGUGCCGGGCCCGUGCACUUCCCCUCUUGGAAGUUCCCUGACCGUAUGGCCUGUGACCUGGACAUGGUGGCCCUGCUGGAGCACUACGACCACGUGCCAGGGGACCCUGAGUUCACACAGCUAUCCCAUGCUGUGUUGCUGGAGCUGGUCAUUGAUAGGCUCCUGCUGCUGCUUCAGAGCUGCAUGAGCUAUUUGGAGAACCUUGGCCCAGAGCAGAUGAUGCCCCCUGCCCGGGCUGCAGGGCCCUGCAUGUCCGUGGGGCUCACAGUGCGGCGCUUCUGGAAUAGCCUGCUGAAGCUGAGCAUGCUCUACAAGCAAGUGGCCCCCCAGAAAAAGGCAAACCAAGGGGAGACCCUUACCUCCAAGCCCACAGCCAGGGACGAGCCAGCCAGGAGCCCUGAAUGUAUGACUGCCAAGUUCAUCCGGACCCCCUCUCCAAUGCCAGGCUUGCCCCAGAUUUGCCAAGAGCCGGAGAGCAUACCCAUCAGAGUCUCCCUGCGGUGUCUAGCCAGGAUCUCUGAGAACACCAAGAGUGUCCACUCUCAGACCAUUGAGACGGCACUGGUGCCCUGUGACGCGUGUGCCAGUGUCCAGGGCAGCCUGCGGGAGGUGGGCAAGGUGGUCAUCAGCCUAUGUCAGAGCCAGAAUUUGCCCUCGUCCUUAGGCCAGUUCCAGCAGCUGGUGCAGGACAGCAUGGGGCUCAGGCCACUGCCAGCUGCCACCAUGAACCACUGGGCAGCAGAGCAGAGCAAAGACCUGAUGCGCCUCAGUAAGCAUGUGGGGGCUCUCACUCAGCUUGUUGGGCCCCUCAGGGCCCAGUUGGAGGGGGCUGAGGGCCAGAAGGAUGGCCUGAGGAAGCAGGUGGACAAGCUGGAGCAGGCACUGCAGCAGGAGCAGGGGGAGCGGCGGCGGCAGGCGGAGGAGGCCGAGCAGUGCCUGGCCAAGUGGGAGCGUGACAAGCAGCAGCUGCUGGCAGAAACAAGUGACCUAAAGACAAAAGUGGCCACCCUGGAGGGAGAGUUGAAGCAGCAGCAGGAGUCCACGCAGGCUGUGGAGGCAAAGGCCCAGCAGCUGCAGGAGGAAGGUGAGCGCAGGGCGGCAGCUGAGAGGCAGGUGCAGCAGCUGGAGGAGCAAGUGCAGCUGCUGGCAGGGAGGCUGGACGGGGCGAGCCAGCAGAUCCGCUGGGCCAGCACAGAGUUGGACAAGGAGAAGGCCCGUGUCGACAGUAUGGUCCGCCACCAGGAGUCCCUGCAGGGCAAGCAGCGAGCCCUGCUGGAGCAGCUGGACAGCCUGGACCAGGAGCGUGAGGAGCUGCGGGGCAGUCUGGACAAGGCCGAGGUCCAGCGGGCCCAUGUGGAGGAGCAGCUGCAGAGCCUGCAGAGCGAGAGGGAGCAGGGGCAGUGCCAGCUGCAGGCCCAGCAGGAGCUGCUGCAGAGCCUGCAGUGGGAGAAGCAAGGCCUGGAACACACGACGACAGACCUGCGGCUGACCAUCUCGGAGCUGGAACAGGAGCUGGUGGAGCUAAGGGAGCGGGAGCGGCUGCUGGUGGCCUUCCCGGACCUGCACAGGCCCAGCGAGCACCAGAUCCAAAGCUCUGGCAACAUCACGAAUGACAUGGAGAGGCAAGUGCAGGCCAAUGACAUCCGCAUCCAGGUCCUGCAGGAAGAGAACGGGCGGCUCCAGUCAAUGCUGUCCAAAAUCCACGAGGUGGCCCAGCAGGGAGGCCUCAAGCUGAUCCCACAGGACCAAAUCUGGUCCCCUCCCAGCAAGGGAACUCAGGGAGCAGCACCCCUCACCCAGGCCCAGAGAGCAUCCCCAGGGCCCCUGGGCAGGCGGCACUCUCCUGGGAGCAGGACAGGCAGUGCAGGCAGGAUUCUGCCAGGCCAGCUUCUAGCAUCCCCACCUCGGCAGCCCUGCAGCCAGCCCAGCAAGUCCUCCCUGGAUGAUGGGACCCACUCAACCAUCUGCACCCAGAACCCCAUCCAGGCCUUGGCCAGGCUGAGGAGGAGGCUCUCCCCAGGCCGGGGCCAGGGCAGCUCUGCACACCAGCUGCAGGAGCGGCCCAUGUAACCUGCAGCGGGGUUAGGGCUGGAGGGCAGGUGGCUGGCAACCCACCCAGUGAAAUAAAGCCACAGCUAUCUGUCCA